UAUACGUACUACUCUCAACAAAGAAUAACACUGCCCCUUGUUAUAUUACAUAGUCAUUUCAUUGAAUAUUUACACAUAACAGCUCUUUCAUUUAUAGAUAUAUGUGUGAACAAAAAAUUGAACAAAGCAGAGAGACAUAGAAAACGACAGUGACAGAGAGACUCACUCAAAUUAUACAAAUGAGUCAAUGACACAGCACGCAUGUCAUCUUCCCUCCGGCUGCGCCUGCUCCACCUCAUUAAAAGCAUAUAGAGAGACUAGAGAGAUGGGGAAAGAUAUGGAGUUGUCUCAUGUCUGAAUAUAACAAUCUCUGACCGUUCUUGUCAUAUCAAAAAAGAAAAACUCUCACGUUCGUUUUUUUCCUCAUCGAAACAUUCUCUUUAUAUCUUCUUCUUGAUCCUCAUUCUCUUUUCUGUAUGGGUUGUCGAGAUAUUCUGUUGACUUUCUCCGUCGCUCUCUUACUCAUCUCUCUCUUCCAGAUCUGGCUUUUCCGGGAAGGACGACAAGUUCCGGAACUAUCGGACGACCAACUAGGAAAAGACAGAAAUACCCUCAUGACCUCCAAGAACAAGAACAAGAACGAGGAUGUUCAACGGCUCUUCCAAAGGUAUUUCAAGGGAAGAUCUUUUGGUUUAAACAACACCAACUCUCGCUUUGAAGAUUCCAAUAGAAGGAUCCCUAGUUCCCCGGAUCGCCUUCAUAACUAGUUAGUUCCUGUCUUUAGCCUCUAUAUAUUCUUUUAUUUUCUCCCAUCUUCUUAUAAACUCGUACUUCAUUUUGUUAGUAUGUAUUUUUUUUUGCUUAAAAUUGCUAAUAUAUAGAUAAUAUGGUAAGAAGCGAGAGCAUUUUGGUUAUUUCGCAUUGGAAUCAAAGAAAUGUGCAUACGGUAAAUGAAAUAAACUGCGUAAUUUUUUUCUCUGUUCUGUUAUCGGUUUGUCUAAACACUUUAUGAGAAAUAAAUAAUUAUUCCUCUCUUGAAUAUAGUUUUUGUCCUUGUCAUCAGGGUCUUCUCUAUGUCUGUAAAGAUCCGAAUUACAAAAUUUAAAUGCCAUUUUCUAUAAAACUUAUAAAUAUUUUGGAAUCAUAUGUAUGAUGGUAUAUAUAAGUUUUUGUUUUAAAACACAUUUAUGUUACAUGUGUAUAUAUAAUAUUGUUGAGAUUUAUCAAUUCAUCUUUUUAUUGAUUUAUAUUGUUUCAUAACAAGUAUGUUUGAGUUAUCUUGGGAGUUGUCACCAAAAAGUAUAAACCAAAUUAGAAACAGAACAAAAAUGAUGAAUUGAAAGAAGAAUUUGAUCUCCGGUGUCUUCUCCACUGACACUUUCUUUAGCACAUAUAUAAGAAGAAAUAUUCAUCAAAGAGGUGCGUAUAUAUGCUCUGCUGCUUUCUCAUCUAUCAGAUUUAGGUAAGUUCUGUGUGUUCCUUUUUCACAAAUUCUUGUUCUUUGUGGUUUCAUAAAGGGAAAAU